CGGGCCGGAGGAGGCGGUCUGAAAGGUGAGACCCUCGGUUGGGACCCGGACGCAGCUUCCCCUGGCCGAGUGAGCACGUGGGCCCCGGACCCGCUGGGGAUGGGGACGCCCGGGCGCUUCACCCUCAGGGUCUGCAGGACGCGUGUGCGGCGCUUGGAUCCCAGGCAGGAGCGGGGCCCACUGAGGCCCCUUGGGUGUCCCCGCAGACUAGGUUGGUUUCUGCUAGGCACGUUGCCCAGGCUAGUCUCAGCCAGCGGGGACGUGGGCGAGCGGGUCCCGGAGAGCCUGUGUCAGCGAAGGGCCAGCUGGGGCAACCCGGCUGAACAGGGGCCGCUGGAGAGGGUCUCCCAGGAGCGGCGCCGCCUCCUCCUGCACCUGCGGCUCUGGCUGCGGGCUGGGGUGCUCCUGGUGAAGUUUCUCCCUCUCCUUCUGCUCUAUCCCCUCACCUACCUGGCUCCGGGCGUGGCCACCCUCUGGCUCGGCCUGCUUCUGAAAGCCACCGAGACCUCAGGCCCCACCUACAUCAAGCUGGGCCAGUGGGCCAGCACGCGGCGAGACCUUUUCUCGGAGGCCUUCUGUACCGCCUUCUCCAGGCUGCAUGUCCGCGUGAGGCCCCACCCGUGGUCUCACACCCGGCGCUCCCUCCAGCAGGCCUUUGGGGAGGCCUGGGGCCAGGUCCUCUGCUUCGAGAGCCUGGAGCCUGUGGGCUCGGGCUGCGUGGCCCAGGUGUACAAGGCCCGCGCCAAGCCUGCCUUCUUGGGGGAGGACGGCCGCCGGAGCCUCCUCACUGCCUUCAGCCUGCGGCCCUCUUCGGGGCCCCUCGCGGGGCUGGGAGAACUCUUUGGACACUCUGGGAAGGGCGAGAAGCCUGAAGGAAGUCUUGCUGAUCAGUCAUUUGUAGAAAGGCUGCUCCUCCCCAAAGCUGACGUGGUGGGAGCGGAUGCAUCACCACCCCCUGCCCACCUGCCUGAGUCAAGUCACCUCAUCCCAGUGGCCGUGAAAGUGUUGCACCCUGGCCUGCUGGCCCAGGUGCAUAUGGACCUGCUGCUGCUGAAGAUGGGUAGCCGAGCCCUUGGACUUCUGCCAGGAAUCAAGUGGCUUAGCUUGCCUGAGGUUGUGGAGGAGUUUGAGAAGCUCAUGGUCCGACAGAUCGACCUGCGUUAUGAAGCUCGGAACCUGGAACACUUCCAGCGCAACUUCCGGGAUGUGAGUGCCGUCAGGUUCCCGACACCACUACGCCCCUUUGUCUCCAGGGAUGUCUUGGUGGAGACGUACGAGGAGAGCGUGCCCGUGUCCCGCUACCAGCAGGUGGGGGUUCCCGAGGAGCUGAAGAGGCAGAUAGCGCGGCUGGGGAUCCGCAUGCUCCUGAAGAUGAUAUUUGUGGACAACUUUGUCCACGCGGAUCUCCACCCUGGGAACAUUCUGGUGCAAGGCGCUGACGGUCUGGCCAGGGGCCAGGGGCCUUGGGCCCAGCAGGGGGAUGUCUGCACCAUGUGGGCAGGGGCUGCACCCCCUGCCCCCCGGCCCCUGCGGCUGGUGCUGUUGGACGCGGGCAUUGUAGCUGAGCUGCAGGCUGCAGACCUGAGCAACUUCCGGGCUGUCUUCCUGGCUGUGCUGAUGGGGCAGGGCCACAGAGUGGCCGAGCUCAUCCUGCAUCACGCCCGGGCCAGCGAGUGCAGGGACGUGGAGGCCUUCAAGGCUGAGAUGGCCACGCUGGUGAGCCAGGCCAGGAAGAACACCGUCACCCUGGAGAAGCUGCAAGUUUCCAGCCUUCUCUCCAGCGUCUUCCAGUUACUCAUGACACACCAGGUGAAGCUUGAGAGUAACUUUGCCUCAAUUGUGUUUGCGACCAUGGUGCUGGAGGGGCUUGGCCGCUCUCUGGACCCCAAGCUGGAUAUACUGGAGGCAGCGAGGCCCUUUCUCAUCGGGGGACCAGGGUCCUUCCCCUGACUGUAGUGGUGGUUUGGGGCCAUCACCUGGGAGCCAUUCCUGUGGCAAAUGGACACUUGAAUUUGGAUGCUUGGAGGGUGCUGGGCAUUUGUUACAAUAGCUUCAGGUUAUUUGGAAAGUGGAGGGUGGGAAGAGUCCUCUACACUCAUCAUGGGGCUGGGCUUGGUGUUCAGGGCACCUCCAGUCCAGGUGAAAUGUCCUGUGGACUAGGAGGAAGAAUAAAAGUAUUUUGUUUCCUUGUUUUUCUCUCUUCUCUUCUUAACAUUAUAUACUCCCUGAUCAGGUGGGUCCUGCUGGUGGUUCCCAGAUCUGGUAUUUAGGUUGGAAAACGCUACAGAAUCCUCUAGCCCCAUGAUUUCCAAUUUCUUUUGAUUAUGUCUUGGAAGAAGUACAGCCAGAUGCUCCUUAGAAGCAAGGAUGGCGAGACUUUGGACAUGUUAUCAAGAGGGACCAGC